AUGGGUUCCAUUGAGGCGGUCCAGUUUAAAAGAGCUAAGGUGAAAGCAGAGGUUGAGGCUCUUUCACAGGAGAUCGAGAGAGCAAAGAAAAAGCUCGAGAAUGCAGAGAACGCUGGCAAUGCAGAAGCUGUGCAUCGGUGGGGUACAGAGCUACAGCAGCUGCGAGAAAAGGAGAACGAGCUGCGCAAGAAGGAGAACAAGCUGCUGGACAAGGAAGCUCGGUUGGAGUCUGCAGGGCCAACUUCUGGCGGCAGCAAUAAGGGAAGCAACAUUGACAUCUGUGCACGGCUUCUGGGCAAAGUCAACCAGUGGGACGAAGAGGGAGCGCUUAAGCUGUCAGCUGCGGAGUUUGGAGAGAAGCUGCUAGCGAGUUCUGGCCCCCUUCCUGCAUCGCCACAAUUGUACGACCUCAUGAAGGAUGAAGAUGAGCGUUUGGGCGACAUGCUCAAGCUCGAAGGCGAUUGCCACCUUGUCCGGAACAUUUCCGGUCUGCUGGAUAAGGCCGAACCCACUGCAGGCAAGUUCUGUGCUGUCCUGGUCUCACUUUAUAUCUCGCAAGGGACACCCGUGCGACCAGACACUCAUCUCGUCGCGGAGAAGCUGUCCCUGUUUUUCGGGGAGGACAAGGUAGAGGACGACGAGCUCAAAGACGUCUGGGACGACCAUGUGAGGAAACUCAAAGGCGGCCUGAACCAUGUCGCGUAUGGCAGGGUGCCUUUUGUCCCGGUGUAUGCUGCUGCGGGCAACCUCCUACAGUUCGGAAGGCUGUGUUCGGACGGGCAGGUUGGUAUCAGUCUCAAGCCGUCAGGCCUCUCUUUUCAACUCAUGCCAGCGGGACAUUCCAUCUUCUUCACUGGUCUUAAUGUUAAUCCUGCGGACCAUCAAGGGAGUAGAGCGCGCUGGUCGGGUGUACGACUGGACUCCCAAAGAGACCGCAUCGCGAUCGUGACUGCUCUGGUCAAUGUGUACAAGCUGUUUGCCGCCCUCAUCAAAUUGGCCCCGAAAGAACAUGAGCGCUUUUCCAUCUUCGAAAGCAUCCCCCGACCGAAUGGAACGACAAUCCUGAUCUGCCCUGCGACUGUUGAGAAAACGAUUACGAACAGCGAGGCCUUUUUUGAGAGCAUCGGCAACGACUGCGAGACGGUCAAGGCGGCCUACGAGCUCACGGAUGGACAUGCGCACGCAGUCUCGCAUCAGAGUAUCGGGAACGUCAAGGGUAGAAAACGGUCCAGCACUGACAACCCGCUGUUGACAUACAAGGUCACUCUCAGUCGUCUGGGUUAUGGCAUCAAGGACGUCAAUGAGCUGAGCGAAAGCGACCUCAAAAAAGCUGUCCGUGCCAUCCUGGAGGUCUGCCGACUGUUUGCUACUGCGAAGCUCGGCCACUGCGAUUUCCGGAUUUCCAACGUUCUUUGGGACCCGGAACCCUUCGUCAUAGACUUCGAGGCUGCGCACAAGCUCCCAUGGAAGGUGCCAAACGGGUUCCAGCACUUCACGGAUUGGGACGCCGGGACGCUGUCGAGAUCAGGGCAGUACACAGCCAAGAGCGACGUCUACCAAGUAGGCAUAAUCAUGGAAAAGUACAAGGACUUGUCGGCAGAGGGCAGGAGAUUUGCAGCCACUCUUAAAAGCAAAAAGGUAGAGGCAGAAGUUGCUUUGAAAGACCCCUACUUUGCUUGA